AUGAAAAACUUCAUUGCAACCUUCACCACCAUCCCCAUCCUCUGGCUCUGGUGGCUCUCCAUCCUACCCAACGCGUCCUCCCUCGCAGUGAAUCACGUCUGGAACUACAACACCUCAGACCCCAGCACGUUCCUCGCAACCUGCCUCGUACUCACCAUGGCGCUCUGGAUCCUGCACCUCGUUCUCACGAUGAAAACUCGACUGGAGCCCGUCUCCCCUUCCAUCGUUUUCGGCCUCUUGUUUCACACGGUCCCCGCUCUCUGCCUCCUCGCCGCUGUUCUGAAAGCCAAGAUCGCACAGGAUAGCAAGAUGGUGUGGUUUAGUGCACUAAUGGUGUUACGGUACUGGCGCACGCUUGUUGCUAUUUUCUUCUGGACGCAAUAUCGACCUUCUAUAUACCGCUCUGGCAAUCUAAAGAAGUACACGGCAAAAGACUGUACGGUUGUAGUGGCUACCGUGGGUCCGGGCCAGAACCUCGAGCUGUUCACACGCAUGGUCGAGGGAAUCCUUGCCAACAAGCCGAAACGCGUCGUGUUUUCUACACCAGAAUCUAGUAUCUCGGAUAUUGUGCGGCCGGUUGUGCUGGGUAUCCAGAAGGUGUUUGAAGAGCGUAGGGUAGUUGGCGAGAAGAAAGAGAUGGAUGGGCACUAUGGCACUACUGAAAUUAUUGUGACAGGUGGGGCUAAUAAGAAAGAUAAGCGGACGCAGACGGCCGAGGGGAUCAAGAUGGUCGAGACGAAGAUUAUGGUCAUGGUCGAUGAUAGUGCAGUGUGGCCCCAAAAGUUCCUCGAGGCUGCGCUUCCGGCUUUUCAGGACGAUAAGGUAGGGUUUGUGGGGACACGCAAGUGGGUUGAGCGGUUGCCGCUACCCGAGUAUGAUUUCGAGCUCACCUGGUAUCAGAAUAUGGUUGCGCGGUAUCGUGCUGGUUUCUGGAAUACCAUGGGGGCGCUGUAUCUCGUACGUCACAACUUUGAGAUUCGCACUUCGAAUGCCGCUGAUGGAGGCGUCUUCUGCGUCUCUGGUCGUACCAGCUUGAUCUUGUCUCGGAUCGUCAAGGAUGAAAACUUUGUGGAGAAUUUCCUCAACGAGUACAUCUGGUCGUUUCCUAGCCUUGGUUUUGAGGGUGUUGGUCCGCUCAAGGCUGACGACGACAACUUCAUCACCCGCUGGGUCAUCAAGCACGGCAUGGACGUCAAGAUUCAGUAUACCGAAGAUGCGACCAUGGUCACUCAGCUGGGACGCAUAGAAAAUUUCAAGUUUGUGGACCAGUGCAUGCGCUGGAGCCGUACGACUAUCCGACAGAACCCGAUCGCCUUGUUCGUCGACCUGACUGUGUGGUGGAAGUGGCCCAUCUCUGUCUGGAUGGUGUACUUCCCGUGGAUGUACAACGCCACUCUCUUUUGGGAUACUCUGGCAGUCUGGACAUUUACCACUACCGCAUUCUUUCGCAACUCUUCAGUCCAGUACUACUGGUUGAGUCUUCUGAUCUCUUUCAUCUGGAUGUCGAAACUAACCAAGACGAUUCCGUGGUUCAUGCAUAGGCAGAACCGUUCAGACUUUUUCUGGUACUUCUUCCCCAUCCCGGCUUACCCUCUGUUUGCGUACGCUCACUCCAUUAUCAAGAUCUACACUGUCGCAACCUUCUGGGUCAACGACUGGGCUGGCCGCACUCGAGACGAGAAGCAGCCAGAGUUGGAUGGCAUUAAGGCCAAGUAG